CCGGAGGUAGAUUAUGAAGUUAAGAGAUUUGUGAAUGAAUCCCCGGCACGAUCGCUUACUACUAGUUUCUUGGGGGAGGGGGAUGGUGUUGGCGGCGGCGACUGGGAUGGGAUGGGAAAAGGCGGACUGGUGGAGAAAGUCCUUGCGUUGCUAACCCUAGGGAGGGGGAGAAAAAAAGCGAGCCCAACAACACACAGGGCUCUGCUUACACCAUGAGAAGGGGAGCUCUUGGCUGCAUUGUGGGCUCGCUCAACAUUCAGCUGUGGAUUUCUUGCUGUGUCUUAGCUCUUGCCGGAGGUCAUGCAAAUCGACCUUAAAAGAAUGCAUAAGCCAUAAAUUAAAAUAAACCCCGUAGCCACGGGCUGAUCCAUAAGCAGACAAUACCUAACCUGGACAAAACGGCUUCCUUUACGAACUGGACGAAAAGAAUAGUGCCUAAAGUAAACGCAAAGUCAGUUUCAUGAAGUCAAAAGAAAUUUAUCAGUGAUUUCUGGGUGUAUUUAAGAAUGUCUUCCAAGCAGGCCACCUCUCCAUUUGCAGCUGAUGGAGAGGAAACACCAACCCAGGACUUAGCAUCGCAGGAGCAGGAGGAAGGCAACAAUGAAGAGCUGGUGGCUUCCCAUCUGCCUCUGCACACCUUAUUGCACAACAAACCUCACUCUGAGGAGCUGCCAACUUUAGUCACUACAAUCCAACAAGACGCUGACUGGAACAGUGUUAUCUCAACCCAGCAUAGAAUGGAGACAGAAAGUAAUAAGUUAUGUUCCUUAUAUUCCUUCCGAAAUACUUCUACCUCACCACAUAAGCCCGAAGAAGGAGGUCGUGACCGCAGUGACCUAAUGACCAGUGUUAAUUUUGGAACUCCAGAACGCCGCAAAGGAAGUCUUGCCGAUGUGGUGGACACACUGAAACAGAAGAAGCUGGAGGAAAUGACCAGAACUGAACAGGAAGAUUCAACUUGCAUGGAAAAGCUACUUUCGAAAGACUGGAAGGAGAAAAUGGAAAGAUUAAACUCGAGUGAACUCCUUGGAGAAAUCAAAGGUACACCUGAAAGCCUAGCAGAAAAAGAACGACAGCUCUCCACCAUGAUCACCCAGCUCAUCAGUUUACGGGAGCAGCUUCUGGCUGCUCAUGAUGAGCAAAAAAAGCUGGCAGCAUCACAAAUUGAAAAACAAAGACAGCAAAUGGACCUUGCUCGCCAACAGCAAGAGCAGAUUGCAAGACAACAGCAGCAACUUCUGCAACAGCAGCACAAAAUCAAUCUACUGCAGCAGCAAAUUCAGCAGGUUCAGGGUCACAUGCCUCCGCUCAUGAUCCCAAUUUUUCCACACGACCAGCGGACAUUGGCAGCAGCUGCUGCAGCCCAGCAGGGUUUCCUUUUCCCCCCAGGAAUAACUUAUAAACCAGGUGAUAACUAUCCUGUGCAGUUCAUUCCGUCAACAAUGGCAGCUGCUGCUGCUUCUGGACUCAGCCCUUUACAACUCCAGCAACUAUAUGCAGCUCAGUUGGCCAGCAUGCAGGUUUCACCUGGAGCCAAGAUGCCCUCUACCCCUCAGCCACCAAACACAACAGGGGCACUUUCACCUACUGGAAUGAAAAACGAAAAGAGAGGGACCAGUCCUAUAACUCAAAUUAAGGAUGAUGUGUCGCUAUCAGCCUCUGAAUCUUUUCUGAAGCCCCAGACCCAUUAUCGACAGCCGGUGAAAUCCUGUCAAAUCCUCGACACCGCCAACACAUUUGCAGGUGCAUUCUUCCCUACUAGUAAAUCAAGCCCAGUGAAUGUGGCCAAUAAAAGUGGACUCCCUAGCCCUAUUGGUGCAGCUCUGGGAAGAGGAUCCUCACUAGACAUCCUUUCUAGUCUUAAUUCACCUGCCCUAUUUGGGGACCAGGAUACAGUAAUGAAAGCCAUUCAGGAGGCACGCAAGAUGAGAGAACAGAUCCAGAGGGAGCAGCAGCAACAACCACAUGGCAUUGAUGGAAAACUUCCUUCCAUCAACAACAUGGGUUUAAACAACUGCAGAACUGAAAAGGAAAGAAUACAUUUUGAAAACUUAAGCCAACAGUUAUCAGGGAAGCCCAAUGAAGAUGGAAAACUGGGCCCAGGAGUCAUUGACCUUACAAGGCCAGAAGAUGCAGAGGGAAGUAAAGCAAUGAAUGGCUCUGCAGCUAAACUACAGCAGUAUUAUUGUUGGCCAACAGGAGGUGCUACUGUGGCUGAAGCGCGAGUCUACAGAGAUGCCAGGGGCCGAAGUAGCAGUGAGCCACAUAUCAAACGACCAAUGAAUGCUUUCAUGGUUUGGGCAAAGGAUGAACGCAGAAAAAUUCUCCAAGCUUUCCCUGAUAUGCACAACUCUAAUAUCAGCAAAAUUCUUGGCUCCCGAUGGAAAUCCAUGUCUAACCAAGAGAAACAACCUUACUAUGAAGAGCAAGCACGGCUAAGUAAAAUCCAUCUAGAGAAGUACCCUAAUUACAAAUAUAAACCCCGACCAAAACGCACAUGCAUUGUUGAUGGCAAGAAACUGCGUAUUGGAGAAUACAAACAACUGAUGAGAUCUCGAAGACAGGAGAUGAGACAGUUUUUUACUGUAGGGCAACAGCCUCAGAUUCCAAUCACCACAGGAACAGGUGUGGUCUACCCUGGUGCUAUUACUAUGGCAACUACUACACCAUCACCUCAGAUGACGUCAGAUUGCUCCAGCACCUCUGCUAGCCCUGAGCCCAGCAUCCCUGUCAUUCAGAGCACUUAUGGCAUGAAGACAGACAGUGGGAGCCUUGCUGGAAAUGAAAUGAUAAAUGGGGAGGAUGAGAUGGAAAUGUACGAGGACUUUGAAGAUGACCCCAAAUCAGACUAUAGCAGUGAAAAUGAAGCCCAUGAGGCUGUUACUGCCAACUGAGGAUGUUUGCUGAAUUAAAGUACUCUGACUUUUUUGUUUUUGUUUUGAACAAAAAGUUCUUAAAUGAGCCUGCAUGCAUGUGUGGCUCCUACAGUUACAUCUGCAGAAUGGUCUUAAAUGUUUCUUAAUGUGUGACACAGAUUGUUCCUUAAUUUUUCAUGAACUUUUUUUUUAAUUUAGGUGAAGACAUUAAGUAUCAGACAUUGGGACUUGAAAACUUAUAUGAAUCAAUAGCUGUCUUACAAGUCUUACCUUUUUGUCUUUUUUUCCUUCCUCCUGGAUGCUGAUAAAAAGGUUUAAGUUACUGUUUUAAAUGGGGGUUUUACAUUCUCACUCAGGUAUGCUGUGCCAGCCUACAGGUUGUGAAUGUGUUUUUAUUCUGACUUAUUUUAGAAAACAAAAACAGAACAAAAAUGAUCAAACUUUCCUAUCAUGAAACAGAACAUGUCCUCAAAUAUGUUCAUCUGUGUAUCGUAGCUCAUGUUUUUUAAACAAGUCUCUAAAUUCCGUUUUUUCUCUACAUGUAUAGCUGAUCUUUUGAUGUGCCAAACUUUCAUAACUUUUGAAUCUUAAAAUUUUAAAAAAGUCUUAAGGAAGAUACUGUAAAGUCUUAGACAAUCCUUUGGCAUCUUAAAAAAACACACACCAGUAUAUCUUUAAAAAAAUAAUUUUCCAGAAAAUGGUAAUGUACUCAGGAAUCUGGAGACAGGAUUUUCUAAAAAUAGUGAACAUAGUUGCCACAGUGCACUUGCCCAUUUGCCUCUUGAUGUAACAUCAGAUGAAAAUCUAAUGAAAGCACAAAAGAGUGAACACCAGCUAUAGACAGGCCUGUCUUGAGAAUAAGGCCACCUCCAAAUCCAUUCUCCAUCCCUUUGCUUUUAUCCCUACAUUCAGUCUUAAUGAUCAUUUCUCUUAAAUAAUGUCUUCAUUCCAGAAUGUCAGAGGUCCAUUAAAUUUUAAAAGUACUGUUGUGGUGGCAUUAUAUUUUCAGCUUGUCAUUGAUUUCAUUAUAUGCCCUCAAGUGAGUAUCUUAAACUAGGAGGGCACUUAAUAUUCAAAGGGAAAUAUAUACACAUAUGGGGAAUUGUUUAUUCAUGCCAAAAACAUUUUGGGAAAUUGUAUGAUAUGUAGAACAUAAGAAUAUGAAUCCUUUCAGUAUUUGCACCAUUUGUCUGUGCUGUGGGUUUGCUUUUUUUACACACAGGCCAGAAUCCAAAGGCUCUUCCAAAUAGUUCCACAGGCUCAGGAGUGUUUUUGAAUUAAGUUUCCUGAGCUGCUACUUCCUUCCUUUACCACUUCAUGGUAAAGCCAUUUUUGAAACUGAGGAAGUAUCUAUAGUAGUUUGCAAUAUGAAAUGGGAGUCUAUUGUUGAAUGGGUAAAAACUAACACAGAACAUGACAUUAGCCCUUAGACCUUCUUAAAGUAAUUCCUUGAAUCGCAGCCAUAUAUUAUUUAACAAUUCUAUAGUAGUCAGAGAAUACAGACAGCUAGAAAUUCCACUGAAUCUUCCUGAAUUUUUAGAGAAAUAAAAUUCUGCAGCAGUUAAGUUUCUACAGGUUGCUGUUCCUAUAAUCAAGCUGAAAGACUCCCUUACUGUCAUCACUGUGUUAAGCUAUCCAUCAGAUCUACACAGGAAAAAGCCACACAAUACCUUAAUGUUUCAGAUAAUGUGUAAGUUCCAGAAAACUCAAAAGAGUACUGAGUUCAAUCCUGUACUUUACCAUUGAAUUAUAGUCGUAGUCCACUUUUUAAAAAAAGAGUGCAAUCAGAUUAUAUUCUUAAAACACAUAAGGUUUGAAGGAUAUUAAUACUUGUCCUGUAAGAUGGCUAGAGAUUUUUAGCAAAAUUCCAGGCAUAUUGUAAAAUUAGAUUAAUACUUGUGAAGUGCUUUGGGGUGUUUGGAUCAAAAGUAUUGCUGAAAUGUAACACUUUAUUUAAUCAAUUAUUUUAUUGAUAAGGCUGCUUGGAGUAAAUUUAAUAUUGCCAGGUUAAUAAUAUGGAUAUUAAUAUGGAUAUUAAUGUAAAAUCCAUUGGUCCAAAUAAGAUGUUGAGUGUCACCAUUUGACCCAGAAAGCUGGAUUAGAUCAAUUUUAUGCAGCAUGAAAGUUGGUAAACCAAAAUCUACUCUCCAAAUUUGGGGUACAGAAACACCUGCUUACUCCACCUCAUCAACAAAUUCUAAAACAGUGACUGCAGCUGGUUGUAAAUAUCUUACUUUUAAAAUCUGAGUAAGAGACAGAAAAAUAUAUUUUGUUCACAAGGUUAUCUGUAUGAAUUAAUGUAACUGUUUUGAAGAGCUAUUUACUCUAAAGAGGUGGCAAACCUAUUGGUGCAAAGUGUUCAUAAUCUCUAAUAGCUACUUUGCACAAGCACUUUUGCAGCCCUAUCCAAAGCUGGAGGCAGUGGGACAUGGCGCCAAUGUGGUGCCACUUGGGCCCUUUCCGCACGGGCCGAAUACAGCGCCCUGGGGACGGCAAAAACGCCAUCUCCGGGGAACUGUUCAC